UGUCCACCAACACCAUAACCUCACACGCGCGCGCAAACACGCGCAGAAACAAAGAGCGAAGAAGAACGGCACAUUUCUAUUGGACGUCAGCGCCGCCGACUCGCAGCUAUCUCUACCUCUCCAGAUUGAAGAUGGCGAUGUCGGUGUUUCCCGGCGUGCGGCUCCUCUCCAUCGGAGAUGCGAACGGAGACAUACAGCGCCACUCUGAGCAACAACCAUUGCGUCUUGAAGUGAAAACCACACAAGACGCGGCACUUAUCAAUCUCUCCAAUGGAGAGGACACAUGCGUGUUCAAGUGUUCCGUCUCCCGGGAGACGGAGUGCAGUCGCGUGGGAAAGCAGUCGUUCAUCAUCACGCUGGGCUGCAACAGUGUGCUACUGCAGUUCGCCUCACCAGCUGACUUUUCCUCAUUCUAUAACCUUCUGAAGAACUGUCGCGGGCACAGCGGGGAACGCUCGGUGUUCAGCGACCGGACGGAGGAGUCCUCCGCCGUGCAGUACUUCCAGUUCUAUGGCUACCUCUCCCAGCAGCAGAACAUGAUGCAGGACUACGUCCGGACCGGGACCUAUCAACGCGCUAUUCUGCAGAAUCACCUCGAUUUCAAAGACAAGGUGAUUCUCGAUGUCGGCUGUGGCUCUGGAAUCCUGUCCUUCUUCGCAGCCCAAGCCGGCGCGAGGAAAGUCUACGCUGUGGAGGCCAGUACUAUGGCGCAGCACGCUGAGGUGUUGGUGAACAGCAACCGUCUGGGCGACCGUGUGGUGGUCAUCCCGGGCAAGGUGGAGGAGGUGACCCUCCCCGAGCAGGUGGACAUCAUCAUCUCUGAGCCCAUGGGCUACAUGCUGUUCAACGAGCGCAUGCUGGAGAGCUACCUGCACGCCAAGAAGUUCCUCAAACCCAACGGCAAAAUGUUCCCCACCCUCGGUGACGUGCACCUGGCCCCCUUCACAGACGAGCAGCUCUACAUGGAGCAGUUCACCAAGGCCAACUUCUGGUACCAGCCCUCCUUCCACGGCGUCGACCUCUCUGCCCUGCGCGGGGCGGCGGUGGACGAGUACUUCCGUCAGCCCAUUGUGGACACAUUCGACAUCCGUAUUUUAAUGGCAAAGUCGGUCAAGUACACAGUCAACUUCCUGGAUACCAAGGAAGAGGAUCUUUACAGAAUAGAGAUACCCUUCAAGUUCCACAUGAUGCACUCUGGCCUGGUGCACGGCCUGGCCUUCUGGUUUGACGUGGCGUUUAUCGGAUCAGUGACGACCGUCUGGCUGUCCACAGCGCCCACCGAGCCUCUCACCCACUGGUACCAGGUCCGCUGCCUCCUCCAGUCACCGCUGUUCACCAAGGCUGGCGACACGCUCUCCGGCACCGCGCUGCUGAUCGCCAACAAGAGACAAAGCUAUGACAUCAGUAUUGUCGCCCAAGUGGACCAGACAGGAUCUAAGUCCAGCAACCUCUUGGACUUGAAGAACCCGUUUUUCAGGUACACAGGCACCAGCCCCACCCCCCCACCGGGCUCCCAUUACUCCUCCCCCUCAGAGAACAUGUGGAACACAGGGGGGGCCUACAGCAUGGGCCAGGGCAUGGCUGUGGCAGGGAUGCCUGCGGCCUAUGACCUGAGUACGGUCAUCGGGAGCGGUCCAGCAGUGUCACACAACAACCUUAUUCCGUUAGUGAACUCUGGGAUUGUGAACCACACCCAUUCUAGGAUGGGGUCCAUCAUGAGCACAGGCGUUGUCCAGGGAGCGAACACGGGCCAGGCCGGGCCCAGCAGCAGCUCUCACUACCCCGUCACCAACCAGUUCACCAUGGGAGGCGCAGCCAUCUCCAUGGCCUCGCCCAUGGCCAUCCCGAGCAACACCAUGCAUUAUGGGAGUUAGGAAGAAGCUUCCUCUGCCCCCCCCCCCCCCCCCCGCCCGCCCAACUCAUGCAUGAGGAAACUGAAUCUGAAGCUCCCAAAGGUGCCCACACUCGACGGCCACAGCCAAACUCAGUAUACCAAACCCAGUACUAUCCAGGCGCCUCCCAGCCCCUCUGCGUCUACGUGAUGGUCUACACUAUCCUCGAUGCCGUCCUCCGCCCCACAGACACGCCUCACUCCCCUAACCUCUGGACUUAAGACCCUCCCCUCCGACCGACCGCGUCUCCCCCUCGCUGUCCGACCGCCUCCGUCCACCCGACAGCCGCUGAACUUUUUUUUGGGACCCGCUACACUACACAGAAACGCAUCCAUAAACACGCGCCCAAUGCAUCUGGGAUCUUUCUUUAACGUUGAGCUGCAUGGCUAGACUUUUAGUACCCCCCCCCCCCAUCCAGGACUGCAUGCCAGAUAGAGUGAAAGGAACUUCCCUUCAUUUCACUCGUAUCCUCUCCCUAGUUCGGGGCAUCGUGGGUCAUCUUUAUUGUGAGAUAUCGGGUCACUGUCCCUUUUACAUUGCAGCAUCAAGUUCACUGCACUACCAUCACAGUAAAGAACUGUAUAGCAACCUCGCGAGAGUGUUGGACUGAGCUGCUGCUGCGGGCUCCUGCGACCGCCCGCUGGCUGCCAAAGGGACUCUGGGCCCUUCUCUCCCUUUUUGUUUUUUCUCCUUUUUUCGUAUUUUUUUUGUCUGAGGAAUAAAAAAAAAUAUUUUGGAUGUUUCAUGGAAAAAAAUGAACUGCUAAAAUGUGAAGAAACAUUUGAAAGAGUCCAAAAAGUGAAAUGUGUUUCAGACGACUAUUAGCGUUAUUAGAGAGCCAAUCCUCUUUUUAAACAGCCCCUAGCAGAACAUUCUGAUGAAUACAACGGACCGCUGGGUGUCAGCCUGGCCGCCUCUUUUUAUUGUAGAAUAACCCGUAGCUUAGUUGUCCCAGUUUACAUAUUGUCUCCAUCGCUCAUAUUCUUGCCUGGUAUUGUUCCGAACUUCUUAAGUACCAAACACUAGCAUCAAAACACUGGCCCAGCCCCAAGCACCGCUAAUGCAGUUGCUCCGUCUCUAAUUUGCAAUACAGGGUGAUGACGUCACUCGCCACCAAUUUGGGCCAAUCGGAAACGAUGGAUGCAAUAUCCUGUUUCACCAGAGGUGUCGCUGUCCCUGAGGUCCGGUGUUAGUGUUUGGUUCUAUAUUGCGGCGGAAGAGAGAUUUAUACAUUGCUUCCAAACGUUUGACCAUUAUCUGGUUUUCUUUCAUUAACAAGCAAAGUUAAAAAAAAAAAUGGAAAAGUGUCAUACACCCAUCUGGAUCCAAGUCUUGCUGUAGACCUACUAAAAAUUUUGUUUCAUAGUUUGUUGAAUAGAAAUCAUGAACAUAUCCAAAUGCUUAUCAUGUAAUGGCAACUCUAUUGGCACUCAUGCCCAUGUUUCUUAUAUUGCUCUGUGUAGAAGAUAGUGGUAUCCACUUUUAUUAUGAAAAGUGAAUGAGGAAGAUCAUUGUCUGACAUUU